UUGGAGCGCGUCGGUCGGUGAUGCUGAGGAGAGAGUGCGAGCGAGUAGAGGAGCCGGGGGGCGGGGGUGCUGAGCGCAUCCUUCCUCUUCGCUAGGCCGGGCCGGGCGCCCGGUUUUUCGUUCGCCGCAAGCGGGCCGGAUCUCACCCGUUCCCCGGUGACGAGCUGCUCCGUCCAAAGCGACCAAGAUGGUGGACUUGUGCGGUGGCAAAAAGACAUCGAAGCGGUCUCGAACGAGGCGAGGCAAACGGGGCCGCCGACGUCGCAAGAACAACAAGCAGAAGAACAACAACAACAACAAGCGGAACGAAACGCCGCCGCCAUUUCUACCGCCGGAGGCCGAGGAAGGAAACGUCGAGUAUAAGCUGAAGCUGGUGAACCCCACCCAGAACCGCUUCGAGCACCUGGCCACGCAGCUCAAGUGGCGUCUGCAGGAGGGCCGCGGCGAGGCCGUCUACCAGAUCGGCGUGGAGGACAACGGGCUCCUGGUGGGCCUGAGCCAAGCCGACAUGACGGCGUCCAUCGGAACCUUACGCCAGAUGGCUGACAAGGUGGGCGCCGACAUCACGCUGCUCCGGGAGCGUCGGGUGGACUCGGACGGCGGCGAGCGCAGGAUCGCCGAGGUCCUGGUGCGGAAGGUUCCGGACGACCAGCAGUUCCUGGACCUGCGCGUCGCCGUGCUGGGCAACGCGGACUCGGGCAAGUCCACCCUGCUGGGCGUGCUGACGCAGGGCGAGCUGGACAACGGGCGAGGCCGGGCGCGGCUCAACCUCUUCCGGCACCUCCACGAGAUCCAGACGGGGCGCACGUCCAGCAUCAGCUUCGAGAUCCUGGGCUUCGACAGCAGAGGACAAGUGGUCAACUACGGCGACUCGCGCGGCGCCGAGGAGAUCUGCGAGAGCUCCUCCAAGAUGAUCACCUUCAUGGACCUGGCGGGACAUCACAAGUACCUGAAGACCACCGUCUUUGGACUCACCAGCUACUGCCCGGACUUUGCCAUGCUGGUGGUCGGCGCCAACACCGGCAUUGCGGGUACCACCAGGGAGCACCUGGGCCUGGCCAUGGCGCUGAAAGUUCCCAUCUUCAUCGCCGUCAGCAAAGUGGACGUGUGCUCGCGGGGGGCGGUGGAGCGAACGCUGCGGCAGCUGGAGCGCCUCCUCAAGCAGCCGGGAUGCAACAAGCGUGUCGGGGAAAGGUCUGGAGCUCCUCAAGGUCUUCCUGAACGUUCUCCCUCCGCUCAGCAACAGCAAACAACAAGAAGAACUCAUGCAGCAGCUGACCGAGUUCCAGGUACAAAUCGGGCGAGCGCGCGCGCUUGCGCGCACCCCCCAAUCGGACGCGACUCCCGACACCCGCCCGCGCAAUGCCGACAGGUGGACGAGAUCUACUCGGUUCCCGACGUGGGGACGGUGGUGGGCGGGACUUUGUACAGCGGCGUGUGUCGCGAAGGCGAGCGUUUGGCGGUGGGCCCGACGGACGAGGGCGGCUUCCUGCGCGUGAAGGUUCUGUCCAUCCAGAGGAACCGCUCCAGCUGCAGGCUGCUGAGGGCGGGGCAGGCGGCCACGCUGGCGCUCGGCAACUUCGACAGGACGCUGCUGCGCAAGGGCAUGGUGAUGGUGAGUCCCAAGAUGAAGCCCAGCGUCUGCCGGCACUUUGAGGCGGCCGUGGUUCUGCUCUUCCACGCCGGGACCUUCCGCCGCGGCUCGCAGGUCACGGCGCACGUGGGCAACGUCAGGCAGACGGCCGUCGUGCAACGGGUGCACGGAAAGGACGAGCUGAGGACGGGCGAGCGGGCCGUGGUGGCCUUCGGCUUCCUCAAACAUCCCGAGUACCUUCGGACCGGCGCCAAGCUUCUCUUCAGAGAGGGCGUCACCAAGGGCAUAGGACACAUCACGCGACUCCUGACCGCAGAACACGACCAGAACCACGAGAACCAGCACUGCCCCGCCGCCGCCGCCGACUCCAGAGGCAUUUGAAGCACCCCAACGCCGAGAACCCGAGCGACGUCGGAGCCACUCCGAGGCGACCGCAACCGUGAGAGCCACUCGACCCGGUCCGAGCGCAACCUGAACCCUCGGAAGCACGAGAAACUCAACAUCAAAACCCCCCCCCCCCUCGUCAUCAAGUCGUUCAUUCCCGG